AUCCCCGCGGCUCCUGCCCGUCCCGCUGUCCCACUGUCCUCCGCAGCCAAUCCCACGCCUCCGAGAAGAGCCCACUUGGUCCACUGAGCAGGGAUGUCCCCCUCUCUCUCGGCCUCAACUGCUGGGAUUGACGGCGAUGGCCGAGCCCGGAGAGCAACUGCUGGAGAAGUUGCUGGCGCCCAUCUUGCUGCCACGCAGUGACACAAACAUCAGCUGCAACUGUGCACGGGAAAGCAUACUGCCACUAUGUGUGCACCACGUCCACAACCUACAGCUGGAAUUUGAGCCAUUGAAGGAGCCGAGCCGCCGGGCGGCCACUGAGCUACUGACGGCGCUGGUGAGCCAUGCCUUGGGACUGCGAGGCCUGGGCCUGGGGUGCCGCGGGGAGAAGCCACUCUUCCACGCGGGCUUCGAUGUCCUGGACGCCGCACGGCGCCACCUCGACCUGCGGCGCUUGCCCUUUACGCUGGACGACGAGCUGGUCCGCAGUCUCUUCCCGUACAACUGCACGCUCCAUGCUCAAGCUGCUUACAGUCUGCACCUCGGCAGCCUAUCGCGCUCCACCCUCGAAGUGCUGGCAGCUCAGAACCGCGCGCCUUUAGCACUCUCGGCCCUGCGGUGCGCAUGCCCUGAAGACGAAUGCGCGCGCGUCCUGCCAAAGGAGGCCUGGACCGCGUUGCGCGCUGGGCUGGAGCUGCCUGGCGGGAGCGUGGCGCGCGUUCUGCAGCCUUCGGUACCCGUGGUUACGCUGCACCUCCGCCUCUCCUGCUACACCACAGGCCCCAUGGGCUUCGCAGCGCGAAACUACGCCGCAACCCUGCAAGCCACGCUGGAGGGUCCGGCGGCAAGAUGCGCGGGCCUGCGCGACAGGCUCUGCUUCUGCGUGCAGCGACCCGCCGUGCCGGGCGCCCUCCCCGCGCACUGCCCGCGCCUGCGCAGCUACGCGUUUAAACUAACGCGCGAGCCGCAUUCCCGGCGGCCCACGUAUGUGUUGUGAUGCAACCAU